ACUUUCUCUCUCUAACUCUUUCUCUUGAGAACGACGUGAUCUCUUAACGGGAAUGCUAGUAAGCUAAGCUCACGCAAAGCUUUUUAUGAUAUCACGCAGCCUAUUACGCAGGACGGGAGCAGAGCAAAAAGAGAAGAACGAGCUAGUGCGCGCACUCUUCUUCUUCACAGACAGAUUCGGACAGAUCGGAAACAUCGAGAGUGAGAAGACACAAAGACGAAGACAAUGAAAGUUCGUUUUCAUUCCAUUCGUAUUGAUGAGACUCUGAGACUCUGGAACUCUGAAACCUACCUGCGCUUCAUUUAUUUCUCACAAUUCUUUGCAGUUUACAUCGAUCUUUGAUCAUUCUCUUUCAUUAUUUUUCCAAUCGAUCGAUUCCUUUGGGUUUUCCAGAUCGUAUCUCACAAUGAGGAACAACGUUUCUUGUCUUCACGCUUCUUGAUCUUAGUUUCUCAUUGUUGAUUCUUCUCACGUCAUUGAAGCUAGAAGCCUGGAAUUUUCUUCAUUCUUUCUGCCUCGGUUUUAUGCGUUUCGAGUUGUUGCUAUUACCUGCUUUGUCUUUCUUCAUUGGCCUUAUUGAAAGCUUCUGAUGAAUUUUGUCUAAUUUGAGAGCCUAAAAAGAGAAUCUUGUGGCAGAUUGAUGAGAUCUAGUGCUUACAUUGCAGCUUUUCCUUGUAUUUCAGUCUUUUAAAUAGGAUUUUUCUCGCACAGUUGACAAUGCCAGCCGAAGGAUUUUUAAUUCAAGAAGAUGAACGGGCGAGAAAAUCUGAUUAUGAGACAUCUGAGGACGAGAGGAGAAGGACUCGGAUCGGAUCUAUUAAGAAGAAGGCAAUGAACGCUUCAACCAAGUUUUCACACACUCUCAGGAAAAGAGGUAAAAGAGUCGGCGACUGUCGGUUUCCAUCUGUAUCAAUCGAAGAUGUUCGAGAUGCGAAGGAGGAAGAAGAGGUGUUUGGAUUUCGUCAGGCUCUGCUCAAGAAAGAUCUUCUUCCACCCCGCUUCGAUGAUUAUCAUACAAUGAGAAGAUUUUUGAAGGCAAGAAAAUUUGAUCUUGAAAAAACUGUCCAGAUGUGGGCAGAAAUGCUAAAGUGGAGAAAGGAGUAUGGGGUUGAAUCUAUUGUACAGGAUUUUGUUUAUGAAGAAUUUGAAGAGGUUCAACGUUAUUACCCUCACGGUUACCAUGGAGUGGACAAAGAGGGAAGGCCUGUUUAUAUUGAGAGACUUGGCAAAAUUGACCCUACUAAACUUAUGGAGGUUACCACAGUGGACCGGUUUUUGAAGUACCAUGUUCAGGGGUUUGAGAAGAACUUUUCAGAGAAGUUUCCAGCAUGUUCUAUUGCUGCGAAAAGGCAAAUUAACUCAUCAACAACAAUUUUGGAUGUACAAGGAUUGAACUGGAUGAGUUUCAGCAAGGCUGCACAUGAAUUGAUUACCCGCAUGCAAAAACUUGAUGGUGACAACUAUCCUGAGACAUUGAAUCAGAUGUUCAUUGUUAAUGCUGGAAGUGGUUUCAAACUUCUAUGGAACACUGUAAAAGGUUUUCUUGAUCCGAGAACUACCUCAAAGAUAAAUGUUUUAGGAAAUAAAUUUCAGAGCAAACUGCUGGAAAAUAUAGACGCAAGCCAACUGCCGGAUUUCCUAGGCGGCUCUUGUUCAUGCCCAAAUGAAGGAGGGUGCAUGAAAUCUAAUAAGGGACCAUGGAAUGAUCCAGAAAUAAUGAAGAUUGUUGGUAAUGAAAUAUCCUCUGCUGAGUCAGGAUCAGAUGUUGAAGUCUCAUCAACUGGGCUGAGAAUUUCUAGCUUCACACAAUUAACAACACUCCGUGAAGAAGAAAGAAUAGAUGAUCUUGUACCCGUCCGCAGCCAGGUUGAAUCAGUUGGUAUUGCCACUGCGGUUGAAGAUGUCAGUUCAACAGAGGAUUCAAUUGAUAAUGUCACGGAAAGAAGGCUGAAGAAGUUCAUUUCUCGUUUAACAACUUUAGUGGCUCAGUUCUUACUUGAAGUGUUAGCUGUGCUACAUAUUGUACGUUUUGGGUUUGGGAAGAUCGUUUCAAUGAAUAAUGCCAGUGAACGGUUGGAAAACCAACGUAUUUCAGAAUCAGCUAGUCCAAGUUCUGAAGACCAACUUGCUUCACAGGCUGCCAGAGAGGAUCUAAUCCGUCCUUGUUUGCAGAGGCUACAGAGUUUAGAAACAUUGGUAGCUGAACUGACCAAUAAACCAGUGAAAAUUCCUCCAGAGAAAGAUAACAUGCUUCUGGAGUCAUUGAGUCGUAUUAAAUCCAUAGAAUAUGACUUACAAAAGACAAAGAAAGCACUACAAGCAACAGCAUCAAAACAAGUGGCACUUGCAGAGUCACUGGAGAAUUUAAAGGAAACUAACCUAAGAAAGAACUAUUCUUGCUGGUUCAAUAAUUGCAAACCUCAUCCCCCCGGAAGCUGAAUACAUUUGGAGACAGGAUGGAUGCUCCAAGCUGCUGCAGAGUUUCCCCUUGUUUCAGAUUUUUCCGAAGUGCUGGUGGUAACUAGCCUUGAUCAAAGCACCUGGACGAGUUUCACCGAUUCAAGAAAUUCUUCAGGUGUUUGAAGUAGGCAGGAACACACACACAUGCGCCCACACACACACAGGCACUUACUCGGGGGCAAAGAGGUGUAACUAUUUCCUUCAGAAAAUGAUAUACCAAGCAUUCACCGUGAUUAUGCUGGCUGCCUCUGCGUCAAAUUUCUCUGCGAUGUACAUUUAUCUCGACUCGUUUCAUUGUAUUCAGUAAAGCUAAAGGGAAUGGACUAGUCACCACUUCCUGUUGACUUGUCUUUUGUGUUUCUCCUCCCCUCUUUUACCAUCUCUCCAGGUAUUCUGAUGUGCCCUAUGAAGUAAUCUCACAUCUCUGACCUCUGUCUGUGAACACAAGUUUCAUAUCUACAUUCAAAACUUGAAGGCUACAUCUCCCACCCUUUUCGACCACCAUGGUGAUGACCUUGAACCUUCGCUUGGUCUCUUUUCUAAUCCUCAGCUACUACCCAUAAUUUAUUACAAUGUUAGUUCUGAUUUUGUUUUUAUUUAUUUAUAUAAUGUCUUACUUCUGGGAAUUGUUGAGAGUUGUGCAUAGCUAUGUAUUGAAGAAAGAUGACAAUGGAUCUGUACUUUCCAGGGUUCAGUGCAACUUAUAUAAAUACGAAUUCAGAAUUGACCCUUUCGAACAAAUUAA